UUGGUGGUGCACUUUCACACACGGGAACGACACGGACGGACACACACAGCACACAACACAAACACACGGACACUGUGACUCCGCCAACAGAUCGGGGUGGUGUGGGGGCAGAAGCGUGGGUUAAAGAGGACGGAGAAAAACCUCGCAAACAAAAGGAGGAGAACCCACUGGUUAAGGGAGCAACGCAACGGAACAACAGUCGGCGUACAUUAACGCAACACACACACACACGGUUAAAAAAAACAACACAAAAUAUAAAUAUUUGUAGUCAUCAUUUAGGUGCAAAAUGCCAGAGAAGAGGCAAUUCGAGAGGUUGCCGACGGACGUGGUGCCCAAGAACUACGAGCUCGUCCUCAAGCCCGACCUGGCCGAGUUCACGUUCGAAGGCAAGGAAGCGAUCGAUGUCGAGGUGAAGCAGUCGACUGGACAGAUUGUCAUGAACUGUGCUGAUAUUGACAUUAUCAGUGCAAGCUUCUGCCAUCAAGGUGGAAAAGAAAUCAACGCGUCUGGGUUUAACUAUGAGAAUCAAGAUGAGCGAGUGACUUUGUCCUUUCCCUCUGCCCUGGAGCCAGGACCCGGGAAGCUGAAGCUGGAGUUUGUUGGGGAGUUGAACGACAAACUCAGAGGCUUUUACCGGAGCAAAUAUGUGGCCCGCUCAGGAGAAAUACGCUUUGCUGCCGUCACCCAGUUUGAGCCAACGGAUGCACGGAGAGCAUUUCCCUGCUGGGAUGAGCCAGCUAUCAAGGCGACCUUUGACCUGUCCCUCAUCGUGCCCCGUGACCGCGUAGCAUUGUCCAAUAUGCAAGAGAUCAAGCGCGUGCCUCAAGAUGAUGAACAGGGCAGCUCCGGCGAGGGCCUGGUGCGUGUGACGUUUGCCCGCUCGCCCAUUAUGUCCACCUACCUGGUGGCAUUCGUGGUGGGCGAGUUUGACUUUGUCGAGGCGCAGUCGUCCGAUGGAGUGCUGGUGCGCGUCUACGCACCCCUGGGCAAGGCCGAGCACGGCCGCUUCGCACUGCAGGUUGCCACCAAGACACUACCUUUCUACAAGGACUACUUUGAUGUUCCCUACCCACUUCCCAAGAUUGACCUGAUUGCAGUGGCAGACUUUGCAACAGGUGCCAUGGAAAACUGGGGACUGGUCACCUAUAGGGAGCUGGCUCUGCUCGUUGAUCCAAAGAACUCAUCAGCCGAGGCCAAGCAGAAGGUGGCCCUCGUUGUGGGGCACGAGCUGGCCCACCAGUGGUUUGGAAACCUCGUUACGAUGGAAUGGUGGACGCACCUGUGGCUGAACGAGGGCUUUGCCUCCUGGAUUGAAUACCUGUGUGUGGACCACUGCUUUCCCGAGUUUGACAUCUGGACACAGUUUGUUUCCACGGACUACGCUCCCGCCCUGGAGCUGGAUGCCCUUGACAACAGCCACCCCAUCGAGGUACCUGUCGGUCACCCAUCGGAGGUGGAUGAAAUUUUUGAUACCAUCUCCUACAGCAAGGGCGCGUCAGUCAUCCGCAUGCUACACAACUACAUUGGGGAUGCGGACUUUCGAAAAGGAAUGCAUCUGUACCUGACAAAGUUUCAGUACAAAAAUGCAGCCACACAGGACCUGUGGGACUGCCUGGAGGAGUCGAGCGGCAAACCCGUGAGCGCCGUGAUGUGCACCUGGACCACCCAGAUGGGCUUUCCCGUGCUGCACGUGACAGCCGAGCAGCAAGGCAAAGACAGGAUUUUGAAAAUUUCACAGAAGAAGUUUUGCGCUGGGGGUGUCUUUUCUGGUGAGAUCUGCCCGCAAUGGAUGGUGCCAAUCAGUGUCUCGACAAGCGAGGAUCCCAAUGCCAUACACACCACAGUUUUGUUGGACAAGCCUGAGAUGACCGUCACCAUCAAAAACAUCGAUCCAAAGCACUGGAUCAAGCUUAAUCCGGGCACGGUGGGGUUCUGCCGCGUCAGCUACACCAGUGACAUGCUCUACAGUCUGAUCCCAGCCAUCAGAGACCUCUCUCUUCCAGCACGCGACCGCAUGGACCUUCAGAAUGACCUCAUGGCUCUGGCUCGUGCAGGCGUUGUGAGUGCAGUGGAGGUUCUCAAAGUCCUGGAGGCCUUCAAGAAUGAGACCAACUACACGGUGUGGAUGGACCUGUCCGGCAACCUCUCAUCCAUUGCCGUUCUUCUCAUCAACACCGAUUUCUACUCCAACUUCCAAGACUAUGUCAUUGACCUGUUCGCACCCAUCGGGACACGGCUCGGCUGGGACCCCAAGCCUGGCGAAGGCCACUUGGAUUCCCUGCUCCGCAGCAUUGCUUUGGGGCGCCUGGGCCGGGCAGGCCACCCUCCUACACUGGAGGAGGCUCGCCGGCGUUUCCACGAGCACACAGAGGGCAAGAAGGUCCUUCACCCUGAUCUGCGCCAAAUGGUUUACGUCACGGUGUUGAAGCACGGCGACGCGGCCGUGCUGGACACAUUGCUGAAGAUGCACAAGCACACGGACCAGCUGGAGGAGAGGGUGAGGAUUGAACGGAUUGUUGGUGCCUCCCCCACUGCUGAGUUGCUCCAAAAGGUCCUCAAUUUCGCCAUUUCGGAGGAAGUACGCUCGCAGGACACGGUGUUUGUGAUUGGGGGCGUGGCAGGCAGCAGCAAGCUGGGCAUGAGCAUGGCCUGGCGCUUUGUUCAGGAGAAGUGGGCCGAGUUAAGCAGCCGCUAUCAGGGCGGCUUCCUGCUGCCUCGACUCAUCAAGAUGACCACCGACAACUUUGCAAGUGAAAAGAAGGCCAACCAAGUCAAGGAGUUUUUUGAAAAAAACCCAACCCCAUCGGCCGAGCGCACGGUCCAGCAGUCGUGCGAAAACAUCCUCCUUAAUGCGGCGUGGCUCAACCGUGACGGGGAAGCCCUGCGAGCAUAUCUGCAGGGUCGCAAAUGUGCACACCUACCACCACCGCCACAACCCCCGUCGCAACCCAGCCACCCCCUUGCCUCGCCACCUGCCACCCCCACCUCUCCCAUCGCCCCCACAUCCCCAACAAAGAAGAAAUAGUGCACACGUACACAUUCCCGGGCCAACGCUGUAGCGCAACUGCAUAAGGUUUUCGCGGUCGUGCUGUAUCGCUCACCGAUGUGUUUUUGGGUUUUUAUCUGCGUGUUGUUUGGCAUGGAAAUAUGUGGCGCAACCCAUUAUGUCGAACAACAAGCGCGGUGCACGCAAAAACACGUCCGAGAACUACACGGAUGUUCUGGCCACUUACCCUAAAGUCCCGAUGAUAUUUGCCUUGAUUGUUUCUGUCUUUUGUAAAUGUUUUUUUUUCUCCCCAUUUUAAUACUGUCUUUGACUGCAGUCAAUUGAAUUGGUAAAAAUUCAAGUUAAUGUCUUGGUUCACUCACCUUGUUUGUCCAUUCUAGGAAUUGCAGAUUGAACAGGUCUGGCGUUAACAAUUUAUUCGUUGAACGGAUGUGUAUUUCCAACUCCCUGGGGACUAAGGUAUAGGCAGAUAUGGGAACAUAUGGAAAAUUAGUUAUGCCGUACACAAACAGGUUACUGGAUAAACAUGAAGUGCAAACUGCUGUAAAACAAUAAAAAUGCUUUACUGUACUUCUUUCGAAGUAAGCGAAUGUAUGUGAGAAUGAUAACAUUACUGAGUGUGAAACUCAAAAUUUGUAACAUCUAUGGAAAAAAUAUGGUUACACCACGUGCAAAUGGUAUCAAUGGGUGUGGGCAGUUAAUUGGGAAAAGUGGAAUGCGUGACGGUGGGAUAUUCAACGUACUUACUGUGUACACUUUACAUUUCCUUUUUGUGCAGCUUAAAAAAUAUGUUGGUCUGUGCUUGCAGCUGGGCAAGUGAACCUGGAUAUUAUUUUGAAUACUGGAAAUGGGAUUCAGCAAAAGCCAACUUACCUUGUGUGUUGAUUCACAAAUGUAAACACCUAUCUUUUGACCAGUGUCAUCUCUCCUGCAACUGAAUAGCCAUAUUUGCGUAUAUACGCUGUAUAUAAUUAUACAUAUACAGAGUUAUUGUCUCUUACCUUGUAAGGUAUAUUAGAUAGGUACACUGUGCAAGAAGCGAUUUGGCCAGAAGUGGUAGGUGUGCAAAAGUGGUCGCACGAAAACGGGGACGAGAGGGUGUAAAUGAGUGUAAGUUCAAACGUCACACGAAUGUUGAGUGCUGGCAAGCAGCUGCUGCAGGCGAGUAUAAGUGGCAGCUCAAAAGGAAAUGCUGAUUGCGCACUGAUUAUUCGUUGAAGCAGAAGCUUCUCGCCUAUAUAUAUGUCGGCCGCUGUACGGGGAGAUAACAGGUUGCUUGGAGAAGGGAGGGUGCAGUGAAUGCUCAAGCAACGAGAUUUGUCGACUUAGCAGUUUACGUACAUUGGCUUGUUCUCUAUUUUAAUGAAGAGUUUAUAAACAUGGAACAGCAAAACGUUUUUAGAAAAUUGGUGACUUUUUUUUCCCUUUAAGCUUGUCACUUGGAAGGGCAUGUUGCACCAAAUUUGCGACAUUAUACAACAGUCUUGAUGUUAUUUCUCCAUGUUUUGCUUGCUUGAUGGGAGCAGGGAGGGCAAUCGAUGGGCUUUCUUUGCAACAACGCCGCGGUUGACAAAGAAAAUAUAAAUUUACCACUACCAAGGGAUGGUGCGAAUAGUGAUCUUAUGCUUUAUCAUACCCGAUGCAAACUCUACUUUGCAUUCAUCCAUCCAUUGCUUGUGAUCAGUCUCGCGACAGCAGCUUCACAUGCAAAGUAAUAUUAUUUCACACAUUCAUGGUGUUAAAAAUGUAAUGCAUUUAAAGUGGAAUUUUAUCAUUGGGUUUAAAUGAAAGAAUAGGGGUUUAACCGCAUUUAAAAAUAUAUAUACACUUAUAUUUGCAGCCUGUUGUUAUUUUGACUUUCUUUUGAAUCGUGAUUGUUCAACAUUUGCUAUGGUGCAUGUUUAAGGUUUUUUUGUAAUGGUGAUGCCUUUAUGGAGAAUAAUUUAGUAAAAUUGCUAUGUUCUGAAUUAUGAUGGAAUGAAAUAAAAAGAUUAAAUUGUCA